UAAUACAAUUUUGAAUGAAUUAAACAAUAUUGAAAUAUAAACAUUAAACCAGCACAUACACUCUGUUAUCACUAACUGUAAAAAUAUCUGAUAUUUAAAGCCCGACCGAGACCGGACCGAAAAUAACCGGUUGCAGAACGUAAAACCUUGUGUCAAUUAAAGCACCGUAACCUUUAUUUUACAUUUUAAAAAGACCCCAACAAAAACCAAAACCCUAAUACAGAACCGAAAAAAUACCAGUUUUUUUAGGGUUUUUAUCUGUUUUCAAGGACUUGUUGAAGGAGAAGCAAAUUACAAAAAAUGUAUUGUUUAGAAACAAGAAUUAUAUUUUAUACUUAUAUUGUUUAAUAUUAUUUAAUACACAGUACUGACGUAAUGCUAUUUUUAGCCGCGUUGCCCGUAUGUCCGCGAUCGUAACGACCGACGAUGGUCGAUGGCGAGUCUAUCGAGUAUAGACCUAUUCUGCCCUCCUAAAGAGAUAGGCAGUAAACGCCCAAUUUAAAAAAAGGUAUUAUUUGAUAUUAAUAUUAAAUAACAAAUUACGCAUCUUUUUUAAUAAGACAAAAUACAGUAAAAACCAUUUUAAAUGGCCUUAAAAGCGAUUCAAAAUAUAGUAUCUCCCAAUUUAUUUUAAAAUACUAUCCAAAACUAAGAAAAACUGCAGUAUGUAACAUAUACUAGAUAAAAAUACAGUAAACGCCAUGGUUAUACUGCGUUUGUUCUUAGUAUUAUGAUUGCCCUUAACACAUACUACAUAUUUACCUAUGUUAAGAACUCCUGAAUAUUACAUAUUUUAUUUCGAAUAUAUAUAUUAUAUAUAUGUUGACAACAUAUAUAGAAGUAUUUCAUUACAAUCAUAAUGCAGAGUGUGUGUGUGUGUGUGUGUGUGUGUGUGUCGUACGACGCUGCUACCGUGGGAUCCGCUGAAUAAGGGAUUUUUUUAUGUGAACGGAGCACCGUCGCGGCAACACAUAGGGAGUCGGUCAGUCGUAUUAUAACCAGUGUUAGAUUAAUUUGUAGCUAUACUUAAGAUUUUUACUACCAAUUUCAAUAAAAAUACAUUAAUUAUUUUAAUAUUCAAUUGGUGCAUACGCUUUAUUUUUUUGUUGUGUGUAAAAUCCAUAACACCUAGUAUCAUAGCUAAAAUGAAUUGCAAGUUGCAAUAUGUUGAAUGUCUUUAAAAACAUAUUAUACACCAUCUGUUUAUAAUAUUAUAAUAGACCUGAUAAUAGUAUUAUUCCAUUACAAAUUAUUUACUAGGUCUAUGGUAAAUACCGCAAUAAAAUAGUUAUCAUACAAAUUAUUUAAGAAUCAAUAAUCAUAUUGCCAAUUACUAGUCAACAGUAAAUAGGUACCAUGGUUGUAGAUAAUAUGUGAUAUUAUGAUAUUAAAUAGGUACAACCGUUAUCAUAGGUACAACAAUUUAUUUAUCAUUGUUUUUGAAUAGAAAUUAUUACCUAUUAUAAAUUAGAAUAAUACUUUUUUAUUUUUACAACAAUGACUUCAAAACAACGAAUUAAAAAGAUAAUCAACCAACUCAAACAACCACAUGAUACAACAGUGACUAUAACUGAACCUCCACCUAAAGCAUUGAAGAAAUUAUUUUAUGAAGAGCCAACAGAAAUAACUGCAGCUGCUAACUUUGAAACUGAAUUGGAACAGUUGGACAACUUAGAUGUUUUUGAUUUUGAUUUGAUGCCCAUUCAAUUUAAUAUUGAUGAUAAUCCGAAUGAAACAAUUAUUGAGCCACAAACUCUGGAAGUUUUAGAUCAAGUUGAAGUUAUUGAGGAAGAUCUUCAAAAUGAAGAAUAUCAAAUCUUCACUAAAGAUGGCAAUCCAAGAAAAAGAAAUCCGACUAUAUACUGAUAUGCUGAUUUCACAUACAAAGUGGAAAAAAAUUAAUGAAAUCUGAUUAUUUUAAGGUAAAAAAUGAAGAAAUCUAAAAAUUCAUUUUCCCAAUAUUUUGGUUUUUAGUGAUACUGCCUUUCUCUUUAGGAGGGCAGUAUUUAUAUAUAAUAUAUUACUAUUAUAUGAUAUCAAUGUUCAUAUUACACCAUAACAAAUAAUUUCUAUGAACAGUACGAACACUUUUAAAAGUUAUUUUUACUAUUGAAAAAUGACUGGGUUUUUGAAAUGCUAUAUAUACGUCAUGUCCUACACAGUGCAUAUCACAACUUUACCAACCAAUUUGCCAUUCCAGUUCAAACGGCUGCUUUGCAAUGACUAUUAAUAAGGCACAAGGUCAAACAUUAAGGGUUGCAGGUUUAGACUUAACUGUCCAAUGUUUUUCCCAUGGUACAUAGCUCUGUUACAUGCAAACAAAAUCUAUUUGUGCUGGCCCCAGAAGGCGAGACAUUUAACGUGGUGUAUCCAGAAAUAUUUAAUGCUAAAGACAAAUUUGAUAUAAUUAACAAAAUAAAAAUCAUACAGCAAAAUAAAACAAAUAUAUUCCACACUUAUGUAUAAAAUUAUACUAUAAAAAAUAAUCAAAUUAAAUAUCUGAUAAAAUUCAUACCAAACUUUUCACAUAUCCUUAAAAACAUAUAUAAAUGUACUGAAAUCUAGAAAUAGCAAAGCAUUACCAAGUCAGCUAGUUUUUUAAUAAAAUAUUUGUAUUUAACUAAAAAUAAUUCUUGUAGCUAUGAAACCACAAUUGAAACAUAUGAUAUGGAAAAUGAUGUUGAUCUUGAUGAAGACCAAAUCUCAAUGAUGCUCGCUGAAAACACAGAAGAAAAUACCAAUUGCCUAGAUAACGAUUAUGAACAAACUGAAAAUAUAUUGAAUGAAAUUCAAUCAUUUCAAAAUAUUAUGGGUGAUACUUCAAUAUUUACAGGCGUACGGUGUGUGGCCCAUACCUUACAAUUGGCCACGAUAGACAGUUUGAAAGAUAGUGGGAUUGAAAAAAUGUUAAAUAAAGUUCGAACAUUGGUUAAAAACUUUGAAACCAAACAUAUGUAUACACAAUAAUAAAAGAAAACUUAGUCUCCCAUACUUGACUGCCUAACUCGUUGGCACUCAACAUUGGAUAUGUUGGAAAGAGUCAAAUAUCUUAAACAUUUUAUACAGAAUAUGGCGGCAAACGAUUCAUCAUUGAAAAAAGUAUGUUUAAACAAUUUAGAAUGGAAUCAAAUUGAAGCUAUUUCGAAAGCUUUAUUUACCCUUCAAAAAUAUGUACCAAAGUUACAAAACGAGCAGUUGACAUUAACCGAUUUUUAUGGCUCCUGGAUUUUGUGUAAAAUUCAAACUCAAAAAUGUAACACUUUGUUUUCUAAAAAAUUGGUUGAAUGUUUAACUAAUAGGGAACAACAUUUAAUGAAGAAUGACGUUUAAUUGGCAGCCAUUUUUUUUUAUCAACAAUACUAAACCAUAAUUGAUGACAAAUAAUACACAACUGCCACUAAUCAUUUAAUUGGAGUUUGGCUUCAAUUGAAAAAGUUAGAGCAAAAAAGUGUUGAC